AUUUGAGCUCUUUUUGGAAUCCGUUCAGCUUUGAAAGGAAAUGAGAGAACGAUUGACCUCUAACAAAUUUCCAUCAUUUUCAAUAUUGACUCAUUCAUCUAAGUAUGUACAUGAUUCGUCUGUUUGGAGCAAGACUAUGACCCCUAUUAAGAUAUGGGGGCGUUUCACCAUUAAAGCCUUUUUUCAUGACAAAAAAAAUCAGCGACAAAGCUGCUGAUAGCCAAUCGGAAACAAUGAUUUCAGUAGCUUAUAACAAAAACUGUCAUUUAUAACUGAUGACAAGUUUUGUGAAACGCCCCCCCUGGUCGGUGAUCUUUGGAACCAAUUCGGAUUGUACACAGAAGUGAAACCAAAUUCGUGCCAAUUUUCUUCUGGUAUGAUAAUUCCCUCAUUCGUGUAUACAACACCAGACUGUGAGUGGUUCAAGAUGGCUACUCCAAACUCUGAGACCGAUGAGACAAGGAUAUCAGAACUACGCCGUGAGAUCUUGUCCUACAGAUUAACCGGUGUUUCACGGUUUGGUGACGGAAGUCGAGGAGCGAGUGACCCGGACAAACUUGACAUUGGCCUGGUUGACCUCGGUGAGAGCGGGUCAAGCGUUGUGUCCGCUCUGAGGUGUGCGCUACACGGAGCCGCAGAGCACAUGAACUAUGACGAUGACCCUGAGGUAUUGUCGUCGUCGGGCGAACAGGAGGUCGAGUAUCUGACGAACUCUGUAUCUGUCGUUUCAAGAACAAUAUCGUGCAGGAAUAAUGUCAUCUCAAAGGACUAUCUCUUGGACAUUUUACAAGGACUUGCUGAGAGGGUUGGAGCCUGUCUUCUCUUAGUGCGUGCUUCGCUUGUUCCAUAUUUCACGUCUGAUGUGAUCACACUGACUACACGCUUAACAGGACGUUCGCCAAUCUCCAUUAUUCUUUGUGACACGGGAAAAAAUGACAUCGACAGGCUCAAAGAAUAUCUGAGAGGCAAUGGCAUCGAUGAUAUUUAUGAACUACCAGAUCAUAAUAUUCACCAUGGUCCGAAUAUUAUGCCUCGCAUGUCAAGUGAGAAACAAUUGGAACUCCUGGAGAUGCUUCAUCGAUGCCUGGUCUAUAAUGAGGACCUAGCUACUGCAAGAUUAACUGAGAAACUAGAGGUGGUAUCUAUUAGGUGAUUUAAGUGCUCUGUUUAUUUACAUCGAUAGGGUGGCCCCCACCAGAGAUGCUGGUGCCCCUUCAAUGGGUGCACCAACGCUUCUCAGCAGAAACCAAUUUAACCCUUGGUAGAGAGAGGCAAAUUUGCAUAAGAUUGGGGUCCUGCAGAAUGAUUUUAUUGACGUAGUACGUCCUGGUAUUCGAAUCCCCAACCUCACGAUUGCAAGUCAAGUGAAUUCCACUGCUUCUCAUCAUGAACCCGUUAUCGACAUGGUCCUGGGUGAAGAGAGGCAGAAAUACAUGUUGAUUACUAUCGAGUCAUACUAGUAUCUUCUUGACGUCCUUGGAAUCGAACCUCAGAACUUUGGAAUCUUUACAGGUUCCUCCACUAAGGCGAGGACCACUGAAGAUCGAGAAUGUAUUGUGAUAAUGGUGACUACCUCUUUCGGUAGCGCAUGAGAGUCAUAAGAGAAAAUUCUAUCCAUACAAUAAUAUUACAAGACACCCAAAUACCAAAAGCUAUACCAUACGUAGACGGAAUUUCAAAAAUAUUACAAGUGCAUUUACGUUUGAAGUUGUUUUGUUCCACGUUUACAUCAACAAACAAUUUUUCUUUAUAUUUUUUUUUACACAAGCGUAUAUUAUAAUCGUAGAUUACACACACAAAAUAAAAUUUCAAAUCAAGUAUAAUGCACGGAAAAUAGAUUCGAAGUUUCGAAAUAUAUAGAUAUGAAAGGCAAAGUAAUCCAUUGUAAAAUUUGGGGAGCCUAAAUAAAAAGCACGUAAGAAUGUUUCGCCUGAAUUUUCAUUUUAUUUGUAUUACAAUGGUAAAAAUUAUGCUAGUAACUAUGCUGUCAACUACUAUCAUGACUAUUACAAAGAUAACGAUUUUAAGGAAGGGGCACUUUCUCCCCUGGA